AUGCUUAAGGGAUUAAAAGGAUUGUUUGAUCUUCCUGAUGAUACUAAAAUGAAGAAUUCUAGUUUCGUGCAUCAUGGUUACUUGGGCAAUUUUGAAGGACGACCAAUUCAAACAUUGAACUCAAUGAUUAAAAUGAUGCAAGAACAUGAAGGAUUGGCGCGAAAUAUGAUUUUCGAGAGCUUAGGAGUGAAGCAUUAUUAUGAUACUUACAUCAAGUACAAUGAUUACUUAUUCCGUGUAGUGAAACAAGGAAUUGAAAUCCUCUACAAAGAAAGCCAAUGGCUUCAAGUUGUACGACAACCCAAAAUAUUUGUAGUUAUAGCGGGCAAAACCCUCAUGGCUUGGAGCAAUGGAAGGAUUCAUGCACCAAAACACAGAGUAAUUGUGAAAGGAAAAAUAGAUAGAUACCCUUAUUGA